UCCCCGCGACCGCUACAUUCUGCGCCGAAACCCAGAGUCUCUCGCGGUCCGUAUUUUAACUUCUUCCCACAGACCUAGUGGUACCUCGUUGGGUACCGGGAGACAGUUUGGAUUACUGGCAUCAAGGAUUGAGUGCGAUUUUACGCGGAUGACGACUCCUUCAACGAGAAUUUAGUAAAAGAAAAUUGGUCGGAAAUUUCAGAAUAUGUCGAGGGGACCCUAAUUUCAGCAUCCUGGAAGUAGAAAGCACUGAAGAUCUGUGUCUCACACCACAGACAGGUGCAGUGUGUAGUCGGGGCAGCACAGAGGAAGCAAGCUCUGGGGAGGAGGCGGUGCGGCAGGGUGCCUCUCCGGCUGUGGAUGUGCAGGGUGGCAACCCCCAGGCUGCACAGAAUGUGGCUGGGGAGUCACCUCAGCAUGCCCCGCAGCCGGUCGCAGCUGCCCCCCGCCCAGUCCCUCCGUUCACCAAUCUGUCCACUUUGCCACUGCUUGAGAGCAAAGACUCAACAUUCCUCGGCAUGGAGAGCGCCCCUCAGACCAUCUUGCCGGAGACACUCCCGAUCAGCAGCGUCUCCGAAGAGGUCCCUGCUGGGGAUAGUGUUGUUGGAGUUUCGAGAUCUUUGCCAACAUCCCUCAACGCGGACUGUAGUUCCUCCGCUGAGAUGCAAAGGCUUCCAGCUCCCAUUUGUCCCCCUCUUGCCCCAGAAACACAAAUUGACAGCACAGUGCAAGAGUUGCAGUACGGGUCAAAAACUGAUAAAGAGAAAAGCCACAGAAAUAGUCAGACAAACCAAGUGCAGCCGCCUAGAGAAGCUGCUGGACUUGUGGUUAUCACGGGGACAAAGGAAAAACAGUCCAUCACAUUGGAAUAUAAACCAGAGACUGGAAAAGAGCACACAGGUGGAAAUAUUCUUCUACGACCCAAAUCUCAAAUCUGUUUCCGAGCCCCAGCUCCCUCUGUCCCAGAAUCAAGUGUUGUUAUUAAAGUCCAAGACACCACAGAACAUGGGGCUAUGGGCCAGGACUCAAAAACAUCUAGGAGCCCUUUACCCUCGUCUGGAAACAGUGAUAUUAAACAAACUGACUUGUCGAAAACACAACCUAAAAUCACCACAGAGCUCUCAGCUGAUGCCAGACAAAUGCAAAAAGCAAUUUCUUUGGAAACAGUUGAGAUGUUUGAGCCUGUCAAAGAGCUUGUUGGCACUUCUCAGAAAGAAAGACAACCUCCCUCAGCUGCAAUACUUGAGACCAACAUCCACAGGAGCGGCGAUCCACUCGUAGGAGAGAACGUGGGGAGUAGCACGAGGGAAGAACAAACUGACACCUCCUCAUCUGACAUCACAAUGCUGCCAGAGCGCUCUUCCACACAGGAGAGUUCCUCGAAACCCUCUGCUGCACCUCCUCUGUUUGUCUCAGUGCAGACGGAGGAGGUAGCUGAAUCAGAAACAUCUCACCCCUCUGAACAAGCGACGCCACUAACUGCCGAGCUCGUGGAUUCAGCCGAGGCUCAAGAAAUCGUUGUGGUCAGGGAGGAGGCUCACAUCAGUGGGGACUGGACUAACAUGCACCUGAAUCAGAGUUACCUCCUGCAGCGAGAAGAUGGCAGUGUCUGUGAAGCUGCCAUUGUAAACCAGCUGAGUUCUGGGGAACCAAAGCUGUAUGAAGAAAGUGUUCAAGCAGACAUCGAGUUGGACUCACAGCCCGUAGAAGUGUACGAGUUUUGCACCCUGGUGGAGGAGGUUGCGGAGGAAGUGUGUGCCAGCAGCAGCGCACUGAUACCUCACUCUCCAGGAUACGAGGUGAACUUGUUCAACGCAUUACUCGAACACUCUGUGGACCUUGAACCAGCUAUUCACACACUUAAUGAAAGUGGCACUGUCAUUAUUUCCCAGCAGCCUUCAGCAUCGCAUGAUGCAAAUCAGAUACAUGCAAACCUUAAUUCCCAUAAUUUGUCCAUACAAAACACGGGGGCAGCUGCUGUCGUUGGGCAGCAUUUGGUAUUAGAUGCUAGCCAAGCUGUUCAAGUGGCGAACUCAAGUGAGGUUUGUUUAGUUGAAGUAGCUGCUGACUCAUUCACUGCUGAACAGACAGACACUAGCCAACAAACACUUGGCUCACAGGUCAAUGAGGCAAUAUCAGACCAAACAGAGGUGAGUGAUUCUUCUGCACCUCAAACGACUCCCCUUAAACAGGAAGCAGAAGCAACAGCUGGUGCACUGUCUUUGGUAGCCCCCUCUCUAAAUCAGACUAUAAGUGCCACAAAGCGUGAGGCCUGGGUUUCUUCACUUGAAGGGACCAAAGAAACCCUCCCUGCUUUGACUGAGACUCCAUCACAGAAAAUCCAGAAUGUUGCUGUGCCCACAGAAACCAACCCAGAGGCUUCCUGCACCACUCGCCACUCUGGUACUAUAAAUCCAAAGCUGCUCUUUCUUAACCCGGGUGAAACUCCUCUCCUGAAGCACCCACCCUCCCUUUUGGCACGGCUGUCCAAGCAACAGAAUGCGGCCGGCAAGCUGGCAGUGAAUGCCCACAGCUCUGAGGAGUGCCUUCCCCAAACUGUCUCGGACUCUUUAUGUGCGCCUGUUGCUCUUGGCGGCCAGAAAGAUCAGACGCAGUACUCUGUCAAUAAAACGUCUAUGUCAGCAGCCCAGUCUGUCAAAGUACAGCAGCCCCCUCAAAGCGGUAUCUCACUCCAACCUGUCCAGACUGUAUCAGUCACAACCUCAACAAGCAAAUCUGACAAAGAGGCCUUAAAUGUUACAGAAACUACAAGUGAAGACUCCCAAGAUGUUGUCACCCCUACUACGUCUAAUGCCCUUUACCUGCUCUCAGCAUCAGUGGAAAGGGAAGAUGAAGCAUCUACCAGUCUCAAUGACCCCAGCCAACAGGAUUCCCUCUAUGUGGAGGAAGCGAGCGAGGACAUGGAAGCGGACGAACCACCGGAGGAAACCGAGGUUCAGGAGGACGUCUCAGGGCAGGUCAGCAGCCCAGAAGAAGGAAGUGACGAAGAACCAGACUGCGACAAAACGGAAGGCGAGAUGAACACCCCCAGCUCUCCAAACAAGCAUGGACAGAGCAGGACAGACAGAAAGGCAAUGUUCCUGAAGGUACGCCAGUGGAUAGCAGACAGGGUCACGGCAAAUUCAUCUCCCGUCUCCCCCUCCACAUCCUCUUCUUACCUGGGUCCCUCACCCACAAGUGAUUGGUCGAACCCACGACGGGACGCAAAGUCUUCACCUCUCCGGGGUCCUCACGGGAAGUUUGUCUCUCCUAUUUCUGUUGGCGGUGGCUGCAGCUCCUCCUCUUCCUCACCUGAUCCGGUCACUCCUCAGCGCCCCCGCGGAGAGCGUCACACAGACAUGGCAGAGCUGGCUAAACAUGAAGCUGACAUCGAGCACAGGACCCAAUCACUGAAGCGAGAGGGCUACUGGUCAUCAAAGCGCCUCACCCGCCUGACGGAGCCGCCGCGACCCAAAGUCCACUGGGACUAUCUGUGUGAGGAGAUGCAGUGGCUCUCUGCUGACUUUGCUCAGGAGAGGCGGUGGAAGAGAGGGGUGGCUAGAAAGGUGGUCCGAAUGGUGAUGAGACACCACGAGGAUCUAAGGCAAAAAGAAGAAAAAGCCAAGCGAGACGAGCACUCUAAGAUCAGAAGAGUCGCCUCUUCUAUCGCAAAGGAGGUCCGGGCUUUCUGGAGCAGUGUGGAGAAGGUGGUUCAGUACAAGCAGCAGUCCAGACUGGAGGAGAAGAGGAAGAAGGCUUUGGACCUUCAGCUGGACUUCAUUGUCGGACAGACGGAGAAAUACUCAGACCUCCUCAGCAAAUCACUCGCAACCACCAGACCUGGAGCUGAACCUGAACCUGUCCCUGAGACCCCCCAAAAACCUGAGACACCUGCCGGGGAUGAGGAGGACAAAGACUUUGAACCUCCCUGUGAGGAAGAUGAUGAUGAAGAGACCAUAGAUGUGGAGGAGCAGCAGGAGGGCAAUGAUGCUGAGAGCCAUCGAAGGGAGAUUGAACUGCUGAAGGAGGAGGGCAUGCUGCCCCUGGAUCAAUUACUCAGCACCCUCAAACUGCCUCAGGAGUCUGUCUCAGAUGGAGAAUGCUCUGAUGAAAGCUCUUCAUCAGGGAAGAAGGAAGAGGAAGAUGGUGAAUUCACUGCCAAUGAAGAGGAUGCUAAGGAUGAGGAGGAUACCAUAGAUGACCAGGAGAAGGUAGAGGGAGAUGUGAAUCAUGCAGAGGAACUGGAUGACUUGGCCAGAGAAGGCGAAAUGAGUGUCGAGGAGCUGCUGGAGAAGUACAAAGGAGCGUAUGCAUCAGACUUUGAGGCUCCGUCUGCAUCUGGCUCUAAACAGAGUUCUGAUUCGGAGGUGUCUGGGGAGGAGGAGGAGGAGACUGAAGAAGAUGAGAGUGAUGUGGAAAGCAACACUUCCUCUUCAGAUUCAGCAGGAGAAAGCAGGGAAGAUGAUGACAGUGAGAAAGAAGAGGAGAGUGAGGAGGAAGAAGAAGAAGAUGAUGACUGUGGAGAUGAAGGGAUGGAGGUUUUGCUGAAGGAAGGAGACAACAGCCCACCUUCCUCCAGCUCACGACCGAAGAAAGAGAUCAGCCACAUUGCUGCCACUGCAGAAAGCCUGCAGCCUAAGGGCUACACUCUGGCUACUACAAAGGUCAAGACCCCUAUCCCCUUCCUGCUUCAUGGCACGUUACGAGAAUACCAACACAUUGGACUCGACUGGCUGGUCACCAUGUACGAGAAAAAGCUCAACGGCAUUCUGGCUGAUGAGAUGGGACUGGGCAAGACUAUCCAGACCAUCGCUCUGCUGGCUCACCUCGCCUGUGAAAAAAGUAACUGGGGCCCUCACCUCAUCAUCGUCCCCACAAGUGUGAUGUUGAACUGGGAGAUGGAGCUAAAACGAUGGUGUCCUGGAUUUAAAAUCCUCACAUACUUUGGCAGCCAAAAGGAGAGAAAGCUGAAGAGACAGGGCUGGACGAAGCCUAAUGCUUUCCAUGUGUGCAUCACUUCGUACAAGCUGGUGCUGCAGGAUCACCAGGCAUUCCGACGCAAGUCCUGGAGAUACCUGAUCCUGGACGAGGCACAAAACAUCAAGAACUUCAAGUCCCAGCGCUGGCAGAGCCUGCUGAACUUCAACAGCCACCGGCGCCUGCUGCUGACGGGAACUCCUCUCCAGAACAGCCUGAUGGAGCUGUGGUCUCUGAUGCACUUCCUCAUGCCCCACGUCUUCCAGUCCCACCGCGAGUUCAAAGAAUGGUUCUCCAACCCGCUGACGGGAAUGAUCGAGGGCAGCCAGGAGUACAACGAGGGCCUGGUCAAGAGGCUCCACAAGGUGCUGAGGCCGUUCCUGCUCAGGAGGAUCAAAAUCGACGUGGAGAAGCAGAUGCCCAAAAAAUACGAGCAUGUUGUGCGCUGUCGCCUCUCCAAGAGACAGCGGUUUCUCUACGAUGACUUCAUGGCGCAGGCCUCGACACGGGAAACGCUGGCGAGCGGUCACUUCAUGUCUGUGAUUAACAUCCUAAUGCAGCUCCGCAAAGUGUGCAACCACCCCAACCUGUUCGACCCUCGGCCCAUCCAGUCGCCCUUCAUCACCAAGCCCAUUGUUUUCCAUACAGCCUCUCUGGCGAUGGAUGCUCUGGAUAUCUCCCCUUUGAAGCGCUGCGACCUUUCAAUGUUUGACCUUGUUGGUUUGGAGAGCCGUGUGUCCCGGUACCAGGCGGACAUCUUCCUGCCACGCCAGAAGGUCAACCGGCAACUCAUCCAGGAGAUCAUGGAUUCCCCUGGACCCCCUCCAAGACCUAAACCGGUCCGCAUGAAGGUCAACAGGACGUUCCAGCCGCCUCCUAAGAGUGAUAACCGACCGGUCCUCCUGAUGAAUAAACCCACCUGCUCAGUACCUCCUGCAGCACAGACCCCCAAAUCUCUAGUUACCGAAGUCUCCACAGCUGCUGGUCCUGCUCCUGUGGUUCAACAAGUGGUGUGUACAGUGGCAACCUCGGCCCUCACUCGCCUGCCGAUGCAACCAACUGCUCAAACUGCAGUGAGAGCCAGCGCUCCAAAGCCAGUGCUGACCGUUCGGCCUCCCACUGCUUCCUGCACCGCUAGCAUCCCCACUCAUCCAGGCACCAUCCCUGGCAGCGUCCUGCCCCAGCGGGUGCUGCUCAGUCCGGAUAUGCAGGCCAGGUUGCCUUCUGGUGAGGUAGUGAGCAUAGCCCAGCUCGCCUCCCUGGCAGGGCGUCCUGUGUCGUCAUGUCAGGGCAGUAAACCCGUCACCUUCCAGCUGCAGGGCAACAAGCUGACUCUGUCUGGAGCCCAGAUCCACCAGGUCCCAGCAGCUUCCCCACGCCCUGUUCAAGGUAAUGUGAUGCACCUGGUGUCCAGCGGGGUGCAGCACCACCUCAUCAGCCAACCGGCCCAGGUGACUCUCCAGAGCGCAGUCAACAUGCACCCUGCAAACACCUCCGCCACGGCUCCAGCUGCCAAUCGGAUGCCUCUAAAUGUCACAGCGCAAGUGGCCCCCUCCAUGGUGAACAGCCCCGGUGUGGUGAAGAUCGUUGUGCGUCAGACAGCAGGCAAGGACGGUGGGCCUGUGCCGACCCUGGCUGUGGCCCCUUCCCCUCGUGUUGGUCCUCUGGCCUCCCUUUCCCCACACCCUCAAGCCACCACAACCCCUGUUAGAACCCCAGCUCCACUGCAAAUUGCCCAGCGCACCCCCGGUCCUGCUACUGCUCACUACACCAUAGCUCCUCCCGGACACCCUAGCUCUACCCCGAACCAGCCCCACCCCCCUCGCCCCAUCCUCAAAGUAGUGCAGCCUCCUCCACCGAGCACAGCGCAGACAGCUCCAGUUCAGGUGAGCUCCUCGUCCUCUGCAUCCAAACCUCUGGCAGCAGCACAUGAGAGCAGCAGCAGCAGCAGCAGCAGCAGCAAUCAAACACCAGCUACCACUAAGUCCAGGCCCAGUGCAAAACCCCUCCCUCCAAUCAGGAGAAGGCCGCCUCCACCUCCUCGCUCUCCUUUCCACAUGUCAUGGAUGGCAGACAGCCAGAAACAGCAGCGUGACAGCAAACUGGACUUCAUCAUUCGAGUGAACGAGAACCGCUGUGCAGCCAAACCCAUGUAUGGCCAGGAGGUUCUGAACUUCCUGACUUUUCUCCCUGGAAGCCAUCCUUCGCCGGCCCCCCUGAGUGCUCAAGGGGAGUGGGGCCGCUCGGGUCACAGCAGUGCUCUGUACGCUCAGUGGCAAAACAAAUCUGACUUCUGCCUCCAGAGUCAUGCUGUGAGAGAGGCCAUCCACAGCAUUGAUGACAGACUGGAGCUGCUCAAUCCCAUUAUAGACAGGUUUACAUUUGCGAUUCCCCCAGUGGAGGCUCCUCCGAUCUCUAUGCACUGCUGCCACCCUCCACCCUCCCUGAGCCACAAGCAGGCCGUCUUCUCCACUCAGCUGUCAACUCAAGUCACUCCUCUGUCUCGCAGUCUCCAUCGUAUCCAGUGUUACACGCGGACCCAGUUCCCAGACCUGAGGCUCAUACAGUAUGAUUGCGGUAAGCUGCAGACUCUGCACUCUCUGCUGCGGAAGCUGAAGACAGGAGGCCACAGAGUGUUGAUCUUCACUCAGAUGACGCGCAUGUUAGAUGUGCUGGAGCAGUUCCUCAACUACCACGGGCACAUCUACUUGCGUUUGGAUGGCAGCACCCGUGUGGAGAUGAGACAGUCUCUCAUGGAGCGCUUCAAUGCAGACCGGCGUAUCUUCUGUUUUAUACUGUCGACUCGCAGCGGAGGUGUAGGGGUGAACCUGACUGGCGCCGACACAGUGGUCUUCUACGACAGUGACUGGAACCCCACCAUGGAUGCUCAGGCACAGGACCGCUGCCACCGAAUUGGCCAGACCAGAGACGUCCACAUCUACAGGCUGAUCAGCGAGCGAACAGUGGAAGAGAAUAUUUUGAAGAAAGCCAAUCAGAAAAGGAUGCUGGGAGAUAUGGCUAUUGAAGGAGGAAACUUUACUACUGCUUUCUUCAAAGAGCAAACCAUCCGAGAGCUGUUUGAUAUGAAUGAUGGCGAGAAGAGGGAGGUGGCAGUCGAGCUAACAGUGCCGCAACCUGAAGAGGAGGAGGCUGUCAUCAAACACGGCACCACCAUUCUGGAGCAGGCCCUAUGUCGUGCUGAGGAUGAGGAGGACAUAGUAGCAGCCUCUCAGGCCAAAGCGGAGCAGGUGGCAGAACUUGCAGAGUUUAACGAGAACAUACCACUGGAUGAUGGAGGAGAACAGGAGGAGGUGGAGGAGCUCUCAAAGGCAGAGCAGGAAAUUGCUGCUCUGGUGGAGCAGCUCACUCCGAUUGAACGCUACGCCAUGAACUUCCUGGAGGCCUCCUUAGAAGACGUAUGCAAAGAGGAGCUGAAGCAGGCCGAGGAGCAAGUGGAGGCUGCCAGGAAGGGCCUGGACCAGGCCAAGGAGGAAGGCCUAAAGGUCAAUGCUUCAUCUGAUGAAGACGAUAAUGACUUGUCACUGCCAGCUUCUGUGGAGCCUACUCAGCCAGCCCGCCGUGGGCGCAAACCCAAGGAGGCAAGCAAGAACGUCACCUCUACCAGGACCAGCGGUCGGCUGCGUGGGGCAUCGCCCGACACUGAGCCUGAAAAGUCACCCACGUCGCCAAAAGAAGUGCCUGACAGACUGCGCUGCGGUCUGAGACGAGGAGCUGCCAAAGACUCUGGUGCUGUGUCUACCACACCAUCCCGCACAGACCAUAAUAAAACCUCCUCAUCAACCAAACAUCAAGAUUCCUCUAAAUCGUCAAAAGCCUCAUCUCCUGCCAGAGAUCAACACACCAUCAAAACCAGGACUUUGCCGAACCGCUCUCUUCCCAGUCCAGUGCCUUCCCCUCCAACAAGCUCUCCACCAACAAGGAAACAGUGUCUUGGGGAGACCGACAUCAAGACCUCAAAAGAUUGCAGGGAGGAGAAAGAAUCGGAGUCAUUGCCAGAUUCCAGCCUCCCGGUGGACCACGAAGCAAAGGAUUAUGACACCAAAGAUCACAGUGCAAUGUCUCCACCCUCCACCAGCUCCCGAUCACCUCGCAAGCGCCAGUCAGCAGAUGAAGAAGUCCUGCGGGGCCUUGUUGAAGAUUCCCCAUCAGCUAAAGUCCUGCGGAAGCUUCCUGGGAGACUGGUCACAGUGGUGGAGGAUAAGGAGCCCAGAAGGAGGAGGCGGCGGGGAAGUGGCACUGGCGCUUCUUCAGAGGAGGCUACCACAGAGGAGAACACUUCCGGAUCAGUCGAAGAAUCAAACACAAAAGACAACACAUCAACGAGCUCCGACAGCAAAACUAAAGGGGCUGAGGCUCAAUCUACACAGGACCAAGACCCUACUCCAAAACCUUCUGUGCACCCUCCACCUGUCAGAAGUUACGCUCCAUAUUCUCCACCCCAUCUUUUUCCUGACAUGCCUGUGCUGAGAAAUCUUCCUGUACGCCGCAGGUUGGAAACUGAAUCUCGCAUGGCUGCUCAGCUGGGAGAGCAGCUUCUGGGUCGGGGAAGGGGAGCGAACCAGUCCAGAAAAACGGAAACAACACCAGGCAAAGACACAACCUCUACAGAGUCCAACGUCAGUUCUCUUGCAGGGAAUUUGAAAAGAAAGAGGGGCCGGCCCCCUAAGACUCCCCCAAGGUUACCUGAGGCUGACAACGCAGUGGCCUCUUCCCCACAGCCCAUCUCGCAAAUCGAAGAAGGGAACCCGCCAACCUCCCCGAAACGUAAGAGGGGGCGUCCUCGAAAAGACUCCACAACCUCACCAGAAGAACAGAACUCUAAAAAUGAGUGCACUGAAAAUGAUGCAAGCACAGAGCCAACAGCCCGGUCUCUCAACGUGUCAGAGACACCUAGAGCAGAUGUUGUCACUACAAGUCAGGACUCCCAGUCUACCAAAGCUGAGGAAAUGGACACUAAGAGUGAGGAUUCAAGCCCUGCUCCAAAUCUAGCUCAAGCUCACACAACCACAGAUACAGUUUCAGAACCAGCGUUACCCCUAACAGCCACUGCCCCUGCACCCCUUCCUGUAGCUGCCUCCACACCAGCCCAAUUCCUUCUUUCAGAUGUGACUACAGUUCCAAGCUCAGACACAUCACACCCUCAGUUGUCCUCUAUAACACAUUCUAUGUCUGCUGUUACAACCACCACCCAUGCAGCUCCAUUGUUACCCACUGGUACUGUUGCAUCAACCAGUACAGGUGUAAAACCAACAGCUGCCAAUACUCACAUACAGCCAGAACCUCCUAAAGCUCAAGUAGAGCCCAAACCUUCAGUUUCUACAACUCCUAAAGCUCAAGUAGAGCCCAAACCUUCAGUUUCUACAACUCCUAAAGCUCAAGUAGAGCCAAAACCUUCAGUUUCUACAACUCCUAAAGCUCAAGUAGAGCCCAAACCUUCAGUUUCUACAACUCCUAAAGCUCAAGUAGAGCCCAAACCUUCAGUUUCUACAACUCCUAAAGCUCAAGUAGAGCCCAAACCUUCAGUUUCUACAACUCCUAAAGCUCAAGUAGAGCCCAAACCUUCAGCUUCUACAACUCCUAAAGAGCCCAAACCUUCAGUUUCUACAACGUCUAAAGCUUGCAAAGAGCCCAUACUUUCACCUAUUACAAAUUCACAACCUCCUUUAGAGUCUGACAUUUCACGUCCUACAACUUCUAAAGCUUCUCUAGAGCCUAAACAAUCAGUUUCUUCAACAACUGUGAAAACAACAGACCCAGGCGCCGCCAAAACCACCACACUUGCGCCACCAGCUGCUACCACUCCAUUGACUUUACCCUCUUCCAUGAUGGCUGUCAAAGCCGUUUCAACAUCAAUCCCUGCCACAGCAACCGCUAAUAAGGUCAUAUCAAACACACUCGGCUGUACUUCACCAGUCACUACAGUAAAAUCAGUCGCAAAAGCUACAGCUGUAAAGGACUUGCCACAGGCUUCCGCUCUACCAUCCACAACAUCGACCACAGCUCUUAUAACCUCCACCCCACCUACAACUUCACCAAAACCCACCUCGACAUCUUCCCCCACUUCAGCAACAACCAAGUUAACAGUAAAAUCAGUCCAAGCUAGUUCAGCUGAUGCUAACACAGUUUCCACUGCAAAUUUGACUAAUUUGACAACAAACAAACCAGACUUGACCGUUGUUCAGACUCAGGAAGGUGGCUACAUAAAACCUCCUCAAACAGCAACAUCUGCUACUGUAACUACCACAGCCGAGGUGAAGGCAGUUACAGUAACUUCAUCAACCCCAACAGGGAACGUCCAAGUCCCCACCCCUUUAGCAACAGCAUCCCCUUCCGAAGAACAAACACCUGCAGAAAAGACUGUCAAGAUCCCAUCUCCCGUAGCAACUUCUACCCCAGCUCCAUUACCAACAGUUACCACAACUACAUCACCCCCAGAAAAGUCCAUGACAGUUUCCACCACAAAUGUCAAAACUACCCAAGUGUCCUCAACCAUAGUCACCCCUGUGACUCGAUCAACUGUAGAAGUUAACCCAACAAAUACAGUACCCAUGUCCACCACACAAACAACUCCAGAAGUUUCCCUGCAAGUACAAAGCUCUGCAUCCACUGAGGUUCCAACGCCUGCUUCCUCUACUGUCACAUCUGAGAAACAAUCGCUAACGCACAAAGCACCGGCAUCUAAAAGUGAGCCAGACAGGGUGGAAGAAGUAGAUAAAGCAGAGGCUGAUGCAAAAGCUAGCAAGGAGGAGGAUCGAGAUGAAGAAACAGACAUCUGUAAGUCCCAGCGUAAACGGAGGAAGGUGGAGAGCUCGCCUGGGGCCAAAGACUUUGAGUCAUCAAGGAAGGGGACCCUGCGUGGAACUGCCGCUCAGAAAGAAGAACCUAAGCAGAAAGGGUCGGAGCAAACGCCAAUCCAAAAACGGCCUCUCAGCCGCCAGAGUAGCCAGGAUUCUGCUUGCUCCUCUUCCUCAUCAUCUGGGUGCUCAACCCUUACUCGCCACGCACACCACAAGAGGACUUACGAGAAUAGAAAUCCUGUCAAGAAGAGGCGCAUGGAUGUCACCUCAGAAACGGGUAACGAGGAGAAUAACGAAGAGGAUAAGAAGCACGCCUCUAGGGGAAGGCGCUCCAGGUGUUCUUCUUCCUCGGACUCUGAAAACGGUGAGCACAGGGAAGAGCAUCGGUUAACACGCUCAGCUAAGCACAGGCUGCAAGAUAAGGAGAGGGAGAAGGGCAACAGCCGGCAAGGAAAAAAAACAGACAGAAGUGCAUCCAACAAUGCAAACGCAUCCACAGGUGGCGAGUCAGGCAGUGAUACGUCUUCUGUCAGGAUCACCAGGAAGUCAGCCGGAUCUCAGCACUCGAGAGAAAGUAAAGCUCCAACAAACAGUGCACCCUUGAUGCCUCCUGAGCCUGAAGUCCUUGGGAAGAGGUGCUCGGCCCUCAAUGCUGCAGCCAAGCUCCUGGCAAUGAAAGGCAGGGUGGAUACCCCUGGCCACACCACUCGGAAAGACUCUGCUGCUAAGGCUGCCGGGACGUCCCCUGCCUCUUCUGACAAGAAUCAAAAGCCUAAAAGCAAAAGUGUUCCAGCCUCUCCUCAGAGUAACUCUUUAAAUCUUAGUAAUAAUAAAAGCAGUUGCAGCAAAACUUUAACGCCCAAUCAGACAAGCCACUCUGCUUCCCGCUCGACCAGGCAGCGCCCCGGUUCUCUGGUUCCACCCCUGGAAGUGGAGUACAAGAGGUCUAAGGCAGAUGAAAAAGACAGGGGGGGUAGGAAGUCAUCAAGAGGGAAGGAAGGCGAGGCAGAGGCCCGGUCUUCCUCCCGAGGCCACAGUGCCUCCAGCAGCAUGAGCAGUGACGACGAGGGCGGUGCUGGCGGACGCAGCGGCAGAAGCCACAGCAGCAGCAGCAGCAACAGCAGCCAGCGUACCCGCAGCAUCAGCUCUCAGAACACGGAGCGCCGAGAGUCCCGCGCCACUUCUUCCGGCAGCGAGCGUGAGAGGGAUCGCAGCUCCGAGAGCAAAGACAAAAGAGACAAGCAACGCAGGGAGAGCCUGAGGUCUCAUAAGCUCUUGCAGGAGGUGACCAGCAGUUCAGGAGCAGAGGGGACUCCGGACAGAGUGCUGCGGAGCGUCGCGGCCCUUGCAGCGGUGCAGGCCAGGUCACCGGCCGCAAGCACCCGCUCCUCGUCCGGUCAACACCGUCACAACAAGACAUGAUCAGAGUGCCAAAGGGAAAAAAUAAAAGCGAGAGCACGAUACGAGGGCACGUCAUGACCUCCAAGGUUGCUGCUUUGUGUGCACUCUUUAUGAAUGCAGGGGAACUGAGUGCUGCACAAGCCAGGGACCUCCCUGCCUCUUGGGCCCUCUCCCUUUCCAAUUGGAGCUGGUCGACUCAGCAGCUCAGCUGGGGGAAGGCUCAGGGAAUGCCGGACUGAGAGUUAAAAAAAAAAAAAUGUGGCGCCAUUGUUGUGCGUCCGUAAACAGGCAGAGGGUUGGUACAGUGGAUAAGUGGCCACUGGGACUUGAGUGGGGACAGAGGUGCAAGAGAUAAUAAAGGAAAGCUGUUAGUUCACAUUAUGUACUGUAAUCAUUAAAGACUGGAACACUCAGAUCUUAUGUGUUGAGAUGGGAUUAUACAGCACCCCCUAUCAGGGUCAGAAAUGAAAAGUCAUUUGUGUGACAUUAAAAUCUUACGAGUGACCAGUUGUAUUGUAAGUUGGAGGUUUUAGAGCGUUUGGUUUUGAAAUUUGUCAGCUGUCCUGACUAUUGUUUCUUUGUAGUCAGUUGAUAAGUUAUGCAUAUUUUAUUAUUUCUUCCAGGGUAUUAGGAAGAGACCAGAUCUUUCAAUGUGAUCUUUGCUGCACUAUGCUGGAGCUUGUCUUUUGCUUGGGCCCUUUCUUUUUGUCAUGUCAGUUUUUGUUCAUUGGAUUCAUUUUAAAAUCCAGCCUUGCAUUUCUCAUUUGCACAUCUGAUAUUGUGGCCCUCGGCUUUUGAAUACAUUGUGGUGUAGUAAUACGUUUUUACAUCAACUGCAGUCUAUAAUUGGUUCCAUGUACCUCACGAUGUAUCUCUACAGUUUCAUGUAUUAAUUGAAGCUGCGACGUGUGUUGAACAGACCUGGAGCAGCAAAAUUUAAAUGUCUUUUUCCUAAUCUUCCUAAAGGCAGUUAUAGUUACGGUCCACUUUGUCAUGUAUUAAUAUCAAAAGGGCAAAUCGAUGUUAUUGAAAUGAAGAGUGCCUCUUUGGCCAAAUGGGUUAGAACCUCAGAUUGCCUUGUGAAGCACCUGAAGCGGGGGUGCCAAGCUUAUUAAAAGCUUUGAAAAAAUUUAAAAGCCAAACAAAAAUCAUACAACUCCAGAGAACAUCAAAAAGCACCCUGUGCAUCAGUUCUACCAAUUCAAUGUUUGAUUUUUCACACGAUUUUCUUUGUCACCAUCACUUCAUUGCUCUUCUUUCAUGUAAAAAUAAAAAAUUACUUGGACAAAAUAUGUGAAUAAAAAUGACUGGUACAGUUCCAGAUGACUGUAAA